AGUUGAAAGCAGCCACAGUUCCAUCUUCUAAAAUCAUGGAGGACACACUAAAGAGCAUCCAGGACUUUUUCUAUCAAAUCUGGACAUUAGUUCUGACCAAGCACAGCCAGGGGGUUUACAACACGAUCUGUCUGGUGGUCCUCCUGUCUCUGCCCCUGCUGGUCCUCAUCAUUACUCUGGUCUUGUGCUGUCACUGCUGCUGCUGUCGCCAUGCCAACCGCAGUUGUUGCUGCUGCGGCCACAGAGCCGCCAUGGAAACAACAAGGUCAGAGACAAAGAAGAGAAAACAUUUGUCUAACAAUGAUGACCUGUGGAUUUCAGUCAAGACAGGACCGAUGACACCUGACAGAGUGGCUAUGGAUUUGGUGUAGUGUAGCCGUGAGUCUUCAUUUUCCUUGGAAUGAUGGCUGAUCCUGGACCAGUGGAGUUGGAGCUGUGAAGCUGAGCUGUUCAAGUGUCUCAAAAGUGUAAAAUUGUAAAAGAUCUUUAACUUGAAUCAUGAAUCAGGUUUUUUUCUUCGUCAACUUGUAUGGAUUUUUCUGAGUGAGAUGUAAAAAUGUACAAAGAAAAAAAUGUUUUAUUACUAAUGGUAUUUUAAAACAAUGCUGUUUAUUUCAGAAAACCUCUGAUGUUGCAGUACACCUGUGUCCUAGGUCAUCUCUUUACCUUUGAAUUAUGACCCUUGAAUGUUAAUGAUCGUAAAUGGUUAGUGUUGCAUUUUGUCGCGACAGUACACUGUGUAGGUUUAUUCUGAUUCUGUAUUACUCCAAAUCUAUUGGCACAUGAACGUAAGAUUUCAAAACCACCCCACCUACAGGCAUAGGCGGACCACCCAAGGAAACAGGAGUGUAUAGACUUUAGUACAUAUAUUAAUUUAUUUUUUCAGAGCCUGGUCAAAUUGACAUGGAAACGUUUUUGUGCACAAACAGAACAUUUCCUUUUGUUGGAUUAAAAAAUAGCCAAUGGCCUUGAUUUUGGCUUUAACAUAC